AUGACAAAAUUCAACCUGCUCAAUAGCGAUACGGGUCAAUUUUGCCUGGUCAAUGUGACCCUAAUAAGAGUGACCAGACCUUGCCUUCUUCGCAUCACAAGCUUUGAAAUCGCACCCUGCGGGCUGAACGUCAAAAUCGCCUUGGGCCAGAGAAUCUGGCCCACCAAUUUCCCGCACAUGCCAAAAGAGCCCGACGACCCCAAGUUUCAAGAAUGGAAGAAGAACGCAGCUCACGGUGGGAAGAAGAACGCAGCUCACGGUGGGAAGAAGAACGCAGCUCACGGUGGGAAGAAGAACGCAGCUCACGGUGGGAAGAAGAACGCAGCUCAUGGUGGGAAGAAGAACGCAGCUCAUGGUGGGAAGAAGAACGCAGCUCAUGGUGGGAAGAAGACCGCAGAAAGCGUUGAUAGGACGAAGGACAAUUUGAUGCACGUUGAGCGCCAUACCAUGUGA